AGAACUUGUGAAGGAAAAUCCAAGGCUCUUACUACUCAACUUGGAAAAUCCAAGUCAUGAAACUCAAUAAAAAUAUCAUCUACAAGCCUCUAAUUUCAUCAUGUCUACAACUUUCCUAAGUCCAUCCCAUUACAUUUCCUUCCCCUUAUGUUUCCCAUGACCACACUUGUGCAAUUCUCUAUCAAAUGUUCGCUCUUGAAGCCCAAGUUCUUCCAUGAUGGCAUAUACAAGAGACCCACUUUCCCUUUCUCUCGGAUGGAAGCAAAGUUUGGUUCUUUUUGUGGGAAUAGCUUGAAACUGAGAGAGGGCAGGGAGAGCUCGUGCUUCUUGGGAGGCGCAGUGUUUCAAAAUGGGGUUUUGUCGAAAGAAAACGGUUGCAAGAGGGAAAAGAGAAUGGUGGUGGUGAAGAAUAAUCAGGGGUUUGGCUUCAACGGUGGUGGUGGUGGAAGAGAUGAUGGUGCCACUGCUCGGCUUUUGGGAAAUAUUGCUUUAGCUGUUGGACUUACUUAUCUUUCUGUGACCGGACAACUUGGUUGGAUUUUGGAUGCUAUUGUCUCCAUUUGGCUCAUUGCAGUGUUAAUACCAAUAGUAGGUGUUGGUGCUUUUCUCUGGUGGGCAGGACGAGAUAUAAUGCAAGGCACCUGUCCAAAUUGUGGAAAUGAUUUUCAGGUUUUCAAAUCUUCUCUGAAUGAUGAUUUGCAGCUGUGCCCUUUUUGCGGUCAACCUUUUUCUGUUGUUGAAAAUGAGUUUGUGAAGGAAUCAGUGAAGUUUUCAAACCAAUCUACAACGUUUGGACAAGCAUUCAAUAAUUUCACCCGUUCUAAAAAUGAAAAAGAUUCUGGUAGAGCCAUUGAUGUUGAAGCUGAAAUUAAAGAUGUAGACUGAGUCUUCACAGCUACAACAUGUUGGUAGGUGACUACGUGAACACAAAUCUUAAUUGGUUAAAGAACAGACACAAUAGUGACAUUGUAGUGAAGAGUGUGUUGAGCAGAGUAACAUUGCAAUUGUAAUAUAAGUUUUGACAGUGAUGUUUCUCAGGUCACACUUGUAUUAUUUGGUGUACCAGAAUGCUGCGUCAUUUUUUCUUUCAUUGUUGUUGCAUUAUUUACAUAAAAUGCUUAGGGGAAAUAAAGAUGCUUCAUUUCAAUGUU